UGCCAUUUUUUUUUCUUACUGUUCUUGCUCCCCUCCCUUCCCCUCCUCUCAGUCAUAGAAACUCCCCAGCGCGCACAGAAGCGCUUCAGACGCGUUCAGUGCCCCGCACGGGAGUCGGUUAGUAACUUUCGUAACUCCGGUUUCACAAACCUUUUGUUGAUUCCGCGCUGAAAGCACGUUAAUUUGAUCAGUUCCGCUAAAGAGGGCCGCCACUCGAGAGGGCAGGGAGGAUGAACGGAUUCUGCAUUGGAUCGACUGAUUAAAGGGUUUUUUUUCCUCCCGACUCCGUGAGCUUGUGAGGUUGGACACGAAUAGGGAAAAAGAGACGCUCGCAUUUCAACCAUGGAUUAUGGCAAUGAUGUAGAUUUGUCCAACAAUAAUAUCAUGCCUUUGUGGAAACUCCGCACUGAUAACAGUAAAAGGCCCCAGGACUCAAGCAAUCCUAAACUGCGGCCCCACAGUUGCCACAUAAAUGGGGUCAUGAAGACAAACUUCACCGAGGAGGACAACAAAUGUUCCUUUACCUUGAGCCAGCCUGCUGAGAGACUUGUGGUCACACCCCAGUGUGUUGACAAUAACACAGCGGUGUUAAAGCAUGUUUUACAUAAACCCUCAAAGAAAAACAGAGUGGUUCGAAGCAUCAGCAUCAGCCACUUCUCCAAUGGACGCUUGUUGUCCAAAUUUAGGUCUGAGGAUAGCAAAUCUGCUUCACUGGACAAUAGGGUAUAUAAUAGGAACUCUGAUGGGGUGAAAGCGAGUAAUGGGGAGAUGAUAUGGCCUGAAAAGCAUCUCUGGGAUUCACAGACAUGCAUGUCCUGUCCGUUAAGUCAGAGUUCUCAGAAGGGCCAGAUCGCAUUUCAGAAGAAUUCACCUUCAACAGAAAAUACUCCUCUUAAUGGUUCCUCACCUGUCUUUUCACCAGACACUCCUAACAACAACUACAAUCAACCUGAACUGUCCUCCCUUUCAUCCACAUGCAGCUCAUCUCCUCCAACCCAUCGCAUGCUCACCCCCUCCUACAGCUCCACCUCCAGCAUCCCCUCCCUCAACUCCUUAACCUCCUCAGACCCCCCAACCCCUCGAUCUCCAUCGCCAGAAGACAGAGGGCAGGCACUGCUCAGUCAGUCCCAGUCAUCCUCACCUAUAUCCCCACAGGACACCAGGCAUACCUCUUCAUCUUCUUCCAUGUCCUCCACAUCACCCUCACCGUCACUCUCCCCAUCCAUCUGUCCCUAUAACGGCAUUGUCCUAAGCACCCAUAGCGCGGCUGCUCUCAAGAUGGGCACCCAGCAGCUUAUUCCCAAGGGCUUAGCAUCCGAUAUUCGGCAAAGCAAGGCACCUUCCCCUGGGACACAAGCUCAAGGAUCGGCAGGGCUGCUGGGAUGGGAUCAUUCCAAACGUUCCUUGAAAGCCCUGAGCAUGGUGGAAACUGGAAGCUACUUUUCUACAGGAGGCCACAAUGAGGGGGAAGAUGGUGAAAGUGAGAGUCCAGGGGCUCUUAGAAGAGGCUUGAGGAGUACAUCGUACAGGAGAGCAGUUGUGAGUGGAGUAGACUCAGAAGUAUCAACAGCAGAUCCCAAAGGCCAUCGGCUGUCCCAGCCCGUCAUCAGAGGGCUAGGCAGGGAUAAAUUAGAUUCACUAGUUAGCCCAACAAGUCCUGGCUCUAUCAGUCUGCCAAGUGUUGCAACCAACAAGCCUGACAGCCCCAUGACACCCAAAGAUGUCAGCACCAAGAAUUCAAAGCCUAGCCUUGGAACGGAAAAGACUAAAAGCAAUGGGAAAAACAAGAGUCCAGAUAAGAAGAAGGUUUUGACCAGUCAGCUGACUUUUGACAGCGAGGAGGAAGAGCUUUACCAGAACUACAAGGAGAAUGCAUUACAUAAUGACUCAGAUGAGGAUCCCGAUUCCAGGGAACCCAAACCCGAUAACAACAUUGUAGUGCAGUACAGGCCCAUACGUACCUCCUGGAGCCAGCUUAGUGUGGUUAAGAAAAGUGGCCUGUGUGAGCAGAUAAGUCAAGAAGAACGCAAAAGACAAGAGGCCAUUUUUGAGGUGAUCUCGUCGGAGCACUCCUAUCUCCACAGUCUCGAGAUCCUGAUCCGCAUGUUCAAGGAUUCUCCAGAGCUCAGGGAGACCAUGACCAAGACUGAACACCAUCACCUGUUCUCCAAUAUCACUGAUGUCUGUGAGGCUAGCAAAAAGUUUUUCAAGGAACUGGAGAAAAAACAUGAACAGAAUAUAGUGAUCGAUGACAUCACUGACAUCGUUUGCAAGCAUUCCCAGUCUAGCUUUGAUCCAUAUAUUACAUACUGUUCCAAUGAGGUCUACCAACAGAGGACCCUGCAGAGGCUGGUCUCCAAGAAUCCAACAUUUAAGGAGGUGCUGACCAGGAUAGAGGGCCACCCUGACUGCAGGAACCUCCCCAUGAUCUCCUUCCUUAUCCUGCCCAUGCAGAGGAUCACUCGCCUUCCCUUGCUCAUGGAUACAAUUUGUCAGAAGACAGCCAAAGACUCACCGCAAUAUGAAGCUUGUAAGAAGGCUUUACAAGCAGUUAGCAAGGUGGUUAGAAAGUGCAAUGAAGGAGCUCGGACGAUGGAGAGAACAGAAAUGAUGUACACCAUCAACUCUCAACUGGAGUUCAAGAUUAAGCCUUUCCCCCUGGUCUCAUCCUCCAGGUGGAUGGUAAAAAGAGGGGAACUGACUGCAUUUGUGGACAACAACAUCUUUUACAAGCGAACAUCACGGCAGCAGGUCUAUUUCUUCCUCUUCAAUGACGUCCUCAUUGUCACCAGGAAGAAAAGUGAGGACAGUUACACUGUCAUAGACUACGCUCUGAGGAAUCAGAUCAGUGUGGAUUUUUGUCAACCCAGCGAUUUCAACCGGUCACCGAUCAGAAGCACCACCAGCAUGCUGAGCUCACGGCAAGCUGGCGCCAACCACCUCUUUCGACUGAGUUUCCCUAGCAACUGCUCUGGUGACAAGGUGACCAUGAUCGUUGGAACAGAGUUGCUGAAUGAGCGUGCUCGGUGGAUCAGUGCUCUGAACAAUAAUGACAACAAUAAGAAGACUCAGGACCGAACCAAUCUCAUGCAGGUGGAGAUGAUCAGAACUUACACCGCCAGGCAGCCAGACGAGUUGUCUCUGCAGGUGGCUGAUGUGGUGCUUGUCUGGCAGACUGUAGAAGAUGGCUGGUACGAAGGCGAGCGGCUGCGUGAUGGAGAGAGGGGAUGGUUUCUAAGCGAGUGUGCUGAACCAAUUACAUGCCAGGCCACUAUUGAACGCAACAUGCAGAGAAUGGACCGCCUGCAGGGCCUUGAGACUAAUGUGUGACAGGACGAUGAGCAGACUGCUUAACCUACAUGGGGCUUUUCCCUGGCCAUUAGUGAACCCUCAACACACCAGUGACCUGCCUUUUUAAGCACUGAACUCAGACGAAUGAGUUCAAUAACCAUACCACUGACCUGUCUCCAGGGGACAACUGGACAUCUAUGAGAGCCUUGCGGCUGCUAGGCCCUCACAGUGGAAUAAAGAUGGAGCCACAAUCAUCAAUAAAUAUCAGCCACACUGUCUAAGUUUCAAAGGAAAGACUAAAAACAAACACGUGGAAGACGGAUUUCCCUAAUAACUGAUUUGUCUCUGUGCAGGUGGGACAUUUUGACAGUGGGAUCUGUCACACUGAUUAAUUCCCUAGCCUGGUUAGUAAAACUUCACACCCACAGCCAAAGUCACUGCUUUUUUAGCACCCUACCACACAGCAAUAGCUGGUAUGAAAUUUGUAAAUGCUUUUUUUUGUUGUUGUUCAUUUACAAAGAAUACGCUUUAUAAUGUGCAAUUAAAAUGAGAGUACAGUAAUACUGUAAGAGGUAAAACAGGCUAAAUUGUGUGAAACUAACAACAGCUUGGCAUGCGCUCUGUUAAUGAGGCUUCUCAGGCCAUGUGAUUGAAGCUUUGCCAGCAUCUUGUUGAUUGUGAAAGUGAUAAUAAGGAAGGAGGGUGUGAUUGGCAGCUUAUGUAAAGUGUGUGGGUUAAUGUGGAAACUCCUGUGAGUGUUUAAUCAGCCUCUGAUGGCAUGUGAAACUAUGACAAUAUUUGCAACAGAAUACAAAGUGGUGUACGUUGAGCUGCAAAAGAGAGACGGGCUAUUUGUCUGAAGCUUAAGGCACUUUGUGUAAAUAGCAGAAUCCAUUUUCUUUUUUUUUCUGGAUUAUAUUGAAAACAAAGUAAACUGUAUAUAAUCUCCUCUCUCUUAUGGGUUAAGUGCAUAACAGAAGGUAGUCUGUCUACCCUCUUGUCUCCUGUUAAUGCCACCAUCAUGAAUCAAUGAUUCAUUCAUGUCACAAAUAUUAUUAGACGCUCCAUUCACUCAAUGAUUUUGAUUGUUUGAAAUAUUUUACAAGCACAAAUACACAAGAUCGGUCUCAGACACAGGUAUAUGCAGCAGCCAGCUACAACUUUAAAAUCAUCUUGAGCUGUCUGUGGCAUUCAUAUAGGUGUUGCUUUGACACAUACUUAAACUGCCCAAAGAGUAGUUUAAGUAUGUGGUAUAACACAGUAUUAGACAGGUGGCUUUAAUGGCGUGGACUGGCACUGAUAUUGGGUGUACACCCUCCCACCCCUUCAUAUUUAUUGUGUUAUAGAAGGAUGGUAAAAUUAAUUUUGUGUGCUGAUGGCAAGAUCGGAAGAUAGAGAACAGCCCUGCUCUUAAUGGUAUUGCCCAGCAUGAGUCAUCUUUUUAGUGUUGCCCAGCUAAAGAAGAAAAAUGACUUGGUCAAAGGAUGAAGAUAACACCAUCUAUCAAGCCAACUGCUCUGGACUCAGUCCAAAUGACAACCAUAACUGUUGAGCCACACGAACCAAGCUAUGGCGGUCGGCAGUGCUGCCAUGAGGAAGGACACAAGUAUCCAGACUUUCAAAGAGAACAGCUUUGCAUUUGCUCUCAGGGAACAUUAGCUUUGGCACCACACACAUGAGCCGGUCUUGUUUAAGUCAUUUCCUCUCUUGUAUCUAGUGUAAAUUACCUUUGUACAUGUAAAUAUGUAAAACGGCUUAAAAUGUGUAAUGUAUGUUUUCGUAAAUACAGAUUAUAUUGAAGCAACUUGAUUAUUCAGCCUUCUAUAUUUUUAAUCAGCAACUCCUAAUAAAAGCUGAAUUGCCCAUCA